AUGGUUGGCCUGAGAAACCGGUCCACGUGGGCCCCGCUGCUCCUCAAGGCCUCCUGCAUCAAGUCCUGUGCCAACGGCUGCUCCCUGGGCAUCACCGCACAUCUCACCUACGCCAACACAGACACCGAACCUGUGGAGGGUGUGUUUGUGUACCCGCUGGGGGAGAAGGAGGUGGUGGUGGGCUUUGAGGCGGUCAUCGCCGGCCGCAUGGUGGGAGUUCAGAUCCAGAGUCGGGGGAAGCUGGAGGAUUGCUGUCUGGACUGCUGCCCAGGAUCGGGGCUCGACGACCAAUGUGGCAACGGACGGGAGUGGGGCUGCUGCGGUGGAUCCAGCCUGGACAUGCAGUGCACUAACGGCCAUCUCAUCCUAGACGAAGACUUGGAGCGAACCACCUUCAUCGUAGGCACAGGGGUCAUUGGCUCGAUGGACAUCGUAUCUGUCGUCAUAAGUACGACCGUGGAACUCCCCACCUUGAAGAGUGGCGCGAUCCGCCUGGUCUUCCCAACAGUACUCACUCCCAUCGCCACAGGACGGGUGACUGCAAGCAAAAGCGAAAAUGGGGCGAAAUCCGACGAAACAGGACCCACCAGUUGUUUUGGAGCCACCUCAGGGAAACAGGAGAGGGUUUUGGGUUCGGAGCAACAGUGUGCCCAUGCCAUCUUCACCAGCCCUGCCACCAACCUGGCACCCUAUGAGCUCAACUUCCAACUGCUGGUCCGAGGGGCAUGCCUGCUGGCUGGUCUGGAAAGCCCUACCCAUGCACUCAGGGCAGAUGCAGACCCAAGCGCCCAGAGUGCUUCCUCCACCUACAUCACCCUGGCACAGGAACACCCCUAUGACAGACACAUAGAGAUCAUACUGCAUCUCAGCGAGCCUCACAGCCCAUUGGUCAUCCUGGAGAGGGGUCGGCUCACCUUCAGCCAAUACGAGCAGCAGAUCUGUUCCCGCCGCGACUUCAUUCGCUGUGCUCGCAAAGAGCUGGAACCAGAGAAGAAGUUGGAGUUUGUGAGAAAGCGGUACCACAAGGACAUCCUGAGCAGCCCGGUCCUGAUGCUCAACUUCUGUCCGGACCUGCUGUCUGAGCCUCCAGAGCUGCACCGUGCCACCAGGGAACUGCUCUUCCUCAUAGACCGCAGCGGCAGCAUGAGCGGCAGCAACAUCCACCGCAUCAAGGAACCAAUGGUGGUAGCUCUGAAGAGUCUUCCUCCAGGCACUAUGAUCAACAUCAUAGGCUUCGGCACCACCAUCAAAGCCCUGUUCACCACCAGCAAGCUCUGCACAGAUGUGACCUUGGCACAGUCCUGUGAGUACAUCCAGAAGAUGAGGGCUGAUAUGCGGGAAACCAACCUGCUGGGGGCGCUGUCCUGGGUGUAUCAGCAGCCUGUGCAGCGCUCCUGCCCCCGCCAGGUGUUCAUCAUCACAGACGGCAGCGUCAGCAGUGUGGGCAAGGUGCUGGAGCUGGUCCGCAGGAACACUUGUGCUGCCAGGUGCUUUGGUCUUGGCCUGGGCCCCAGAGCCUGCAGGAGGCUCCUACAGGGCGUUGCCAAGGUGACAGGUGGAACCACAGAGUUCUUGGGUGAUGAGGAGAGGCUGCAGCCCAAGCUGAUAAAGUCCCUGAAGAAGGCCUUUGAGCCAGUCCUCACAGAUGUACGUAUAGACUGGUACCUGCCUGAUAACAUGGAGGCGCUCCUGUCACCCAAUGAGAUCCCUCCACUUUACCCGGGGAAUCGCCUGAUUGGCUACUGUACCCUGUACGAUGUGUCUAGCUUCAGAGGCAAGAAGACUGAGGGGCGUGGUCGGGGCUAUAAAGGCUUGUCUCGGGGCUCGGUGGGCUCUGUGUUCGGCCUAUCCAACGACGAACUGUCCCCUCCCUCCGUGUCUGAGCUCCUCCCUCUGGUUACAUCAUCAGAAGGCGCAGACCUAGAGGAGGCGCUGAGGGAAAUCUCCCGGGAAAUCUCCUCAGAGUUCUCCUGUGCCAAAGACACCGACACUGGGACUAGUACAGGAGGAGAGGUGGAAUGGUCCAGUGAUGUUCGUCGUAGGAUCCAGGAGAGUUCUUACAUCCAGGAGCAGUAUGUUCUGACCCGCUGCUCCCUGAGCAGUGAGAGGGGGCUGCCCUACACUCACACGCCCUCCAUCUCCGACUCUAUGGGAGGCCCUUACCCCCCUGAUCUGCUCCCCAUCCCGUGCCUGGACACGGGCUCCCUGCCGCAGGGCCUCGAGAAGAUGGCUCCACCCGAACAGAGAAGCACCCUGUCCCGCUGGGGCGAGUCGCCAUGGCAACAGCCCGCCUCCUCCGAGAAUAUGGAUUCCGUGUCAAAAAAGGCAGGGCGUCUGUGUGGAGGGGAGGAAUCUCGAAGGAGACAGAGGGCAUUGGCUCGCUCAGCCAUGUCUGCAAGGAGUUUCUCCUCCCCCCAGGGUGAGCUGGACAUGCACCGCCUGCGGAGGGCACUAGAGAGAGUCUCCUUUGAUCAGGCGGUGGGGGGGAAGCUGGAGGAGAGCGAUGGGGAGAACCAGCCUACACCCAGAGGAGGGCUGUCCCGCAGGAGCCUCACUGACUCCAACGGCCUGCUGUUCCCUGUCUCUCCUCUGGACUGGGACAGCUUCACCGACCCGGAGUACCUGUUUACCGCCGCCCCCCUGGACGACCCCCCCACGCCCCCUGCCCAGUGCCGCUCCCUCAUCCACGGCCUCCUAGGAAGCAGGCCUGUUUCCUGGGAGGUCACCGUGGACCUGACACAACUCUGGGCCUCUGAGGACCAGGGGACAGGAGGGACAUCCGGGGGAGGAAGGGGAGACCUCUGGGAGGAAAUUAUCCACCAGCUAACCGCUCACUCUGCAAUCAGGGACUUUGAGAAGAUGGCGGAGAAGGAGAGUGACAUCGAGCACGGGCCUGCUAAGCGGUACCGUAUGAAAGCCAUCCAGACCAGUAAGAGCUGUAACAUCAUCUGUACGUACACAGCCUUUACUGCCACUGACGCCAACACCAGCAAGGGUCCAUCAGACACUGUGGAAGUGAGAAACACCGGGUUGCGUUUGGGGAACAGGCGGAGCUCCCAGUCAGGCAGUCGUAGACAGAAGGCCUACUCUGUGGGACUGGGCCGUCGCCCCUCCAGCAGAGACAGUGAGGAAUUUGAGGACACCUGCAACUCCACAGACAGGGAUGAUACUCCUGCCUCCCCAUGCAGCCUGAAGUCUUGGGACAGCAGUGCAGGGGGAAAUCCCUACCCUGCCAGUCCCUCAGCCGUGUCCGGCACCUCCUCCACCCGCUCCCAACGCUCAGUGGAGAGCAAGUCUGCGGAGAGCUUCUUUGGCUCCAGAUUCCCCCUGGGCAGACUAAGGUCAUCUAACUCCUCUGGGAAGCAGGCCCCUCUGAAGGGCCACUGUCUGUCUGCUGAGGCAGAGAAACACACAGACACUAAGACCCCAGACUACCUACCUCUGGUGCGUCUCCAGUUGGCCUCUGGGGCCUUCCUCCUGACAGAGGUCUACACUGACUGCAUCCAGAUCCCCCUGGACCGUCUGAAGAGGGCAUCCCCCUACAGCCUCCACCGCAGCAGCCUCAGCCCCCCCUUCCGCUGCACCUCCCCCAACGCCCCAACAAUCCCCUCCUCCACCACUACCACCAAGCUCCCAACUGGUACCCCCCUCCACCACACCACCACCUCUACCAAGCCUCCUAGUCUCCCCCAACACCACACCUCUACUGGUACCAAGCCCUUGGGUGGCCCCCACACCCCAGAUGACCCUCCCCUAAUCCUGGACCCCCAACUCCGCAGGAGACGCUUCUCCGACCGGUGCCAAGAGCCCCUGACGACCCUCCCCGACCCCCCUAGCUCCGAGGAAGGCUCCCCUGACAUGACAGGUGGCCCUAUCCCCCAGACCCAGGCAGACAGCGGGCGCGGCUCAGAGACUGACGUCUGUGAGGGUUCUCUGUUGGAUCCAGCAGCUCCAGACCCCCAGGGGAGCGAUCAGCUAGCUCUGGGGGACCUGGAGGGCUCGAGCUGGGCCACGGCUGUGGCUCUGGCCUGGCUGGAGCACCGCUGUGCAGGGUUUUUCAUGGAGUGGGAGUUGGUGGCAGCCAAGGCGGAUUUCUGGCUGCGGGGCCAGGAGCUGCCGGAGGGGGUGGACCUGGCCGGGCUGAAGGGGGCUGCCAGGCAACUGUUUCUGCUGCUCCGCCACUGGGAUGAGAACAUCCAGCUCAACAUGCUCUGCUACAAUCCCAACAACAUGUGACCACAUAGCCACCAUGUUAAAACCACCACAAUAUGUGAAAUGACUUAUUACCGUCCAUGACAACAUGUGAUAGUUACCAGUGUUUUCUCCUACUAGAACUUUGGUGUAGUUGCCUCUUACCUUAAAUCAUUUGUUUUUAAUAUCAGGAUCAGUUGAAAAAUGGUAUUUGCACCUCUGGUGGCUAAUACUAAUGCUUCUGUGCCCCGUCUACAUAAGAAACAGAUUCAAUUUUCCCCAGUGCAAAGAUCUUUUAAAAGCCAUUGACUUAGGUAAAUUGAGACUUGACUAACCCAAGUGGCCUUUAAGUACACCGUAUGAAACUACAAUAAUGACUUGAUCAUGUAAAGCUUGCAUUACUUUGAUUUAGUAUAUUUCUUUCUUAGCUGAAUGGCCUAUUAACUGGGUAGUAUGUCUA